AUGGGAUGGGGCCGGAUCGGCGACGACGUGCGUCAGCUUCCACGGCGGCAGAGUGAGAGAGCAGCAGACCGUCCCACUCUUCCACGGGCCCAAUUACGGCCCAUACAAUGCCCGCUGAACAAAACGCAGACCCACCGCGUCGGCGAUUGUUCGCGGAACACUGACGCGCGUCGAUCGUUGAUGAGAAAGACUAUGUGGAGCAGUCGGCCAGUGGGGGAGCUUUUGCCGUCGAAACACCACUCGAAGGGAGACGCGAACUCAGCGAGAACAUAUCGAUAUUUUAAUUACCGGCUUACUGCACCACGCGACGAGUAUUUAUGUUGCCGCGUGACGGAGCGCCGGCUGGACACUCCGCGCGACGCGCCGGAGCGGGAUGAUUUGUCAUUAGUCAAAUUAGCUAACCAGACGUUGACUAAUUGCGUUGCACGCCGAAUUACGACACAG